AUGGAGGUCCUGACCACCAGCCCUGAGCAGCUGAGCAGGUCUGCGGGGCAUCGGCGUCCUCGGGCAGGGACUCCCCGCGGUGGCCGGGCCGUCAGACGGCUGCGGGUGACAGAGCGGGGAAAGGCUGAGGCUGCUGACCUCCGGCCGGGCGACAUCAUUGUGGCCAUAAAUGGGGAGAGUGCAGAGGGCAUGCUUCAUGCUGAGGCCCAGAGCAAGAUCCGCCAGAGCGCUUCGCCCCUGCGACUGCAGCUGGACCGGUCUCGAGCUGCCUCUCCUGGGCAGGCCAAUGGAGAGGGCUCCUUGGAAGUGCUUGCAACUCGCUUCCAGGGCUCCCUGAGGACCCACCUUGACAGCCAGUCCUCCCUGCGGUCUUCCUACUCCAGUCCAACCUCCCUCAGUCCCCGGCCAGGGAGUCCCUUCUGCACCCCACCUCCUGGCAGCCCACUAGCCCUCACUGGGGAGGCGGCAGUCAGCCGCAGUUUCCAGAGUCUGACACACUCUUCAGGCCUUACUGCUGCUGACCCCUUGUCCUACAGAGGCCGCCCUGCGGGCCAACAGGCCGGCCUUGGCCGCGCUGGCGACUCGGCUGUGUUGGUGUUGCCGUCUUCCUCUGGUCCCCGAUCCUCCAGCCCCAGGCCCAGCGUGGAACUGGAAGAGGACUCGGAAGUGUACAAGAUGCUGCAGGAGAACCGCGAGGGGCGGGCGGCCCCGCGGCAGUCCAGCUCCUUUCGGCUCUUGCAGGAAGCGCUGGAGGCUGAGGAAAGAGGUGGCACACCUGCCUUCCUGCCCAGCUCGCUGAGUCCUCAGGCCUCCCUGUCUACCUCCAGGACCCUAGCUACCCCGCCCAAGUUCCACACCUGUGAGAAGUGCAACACCAGCAUCACGAACCAGGCAGUACGCAUCCAGGAGGGGUCGUACCGCCAUCCCAGCUGCUACACCUGUGCAGACUGCGGGCUCAACCUGAAGAUGCGUGGCCACUUCUGGGUGGGAGAUGAGCUGUAUUGCGAGAAGCAUGCCCGCCAACGCUACUCCGCGCCUGCCGCCCUCAGCUCUCGGGCCUGAGCCGGUGGUGCUCGGCCUGUCUCACUCCAGCACUCGUAGAAGGGCCAUACGGAGAACAAGUUGUCAGGGAAGGGCGAUCGUGGGUGGUGGCUCUUAUGUGAACCAAGUUUGGAGGCCCAAGGGUCUCGCUGGGUGAGGCCACAGCCUGGGAUGCGGCUACUGAGAGCAGCCCGGCCCUCCCUGGCCUUUUCUCCUGCAGGACAGGCCUCAGUGGCCACUGCCUUUGCAGCUUGUGUGUACAGGGUGGGGCAGGCAUGGAACUAUCUAGAAGGAAAGGGGUGAGUUCUAGGCUAAUGAUAGUCACUAUGCAAAAUUCUUGACAUUUACGUUCUAUAAAUAUGUAUACAUAGAUAAAAUCAA